UUUUAUCAUUCACUGACCUUUGCUUCUGUACUAAACACCUGAGUUGUUGUGACACUUUUUAUUUUUAAUCUGUCUAUUCGAAGCAUUGAUAACCAUGCAGUUCUUUAUCUACCGUCUACUUUUUGUUUCUGUAGUGUUUCCAAAAGGUGUGAGGUCUCAGGUUCAGACUCAUCAGACUGUGAUGGGAGCUCUAGGAGAAGAGGCUCAUUUCAGCUGUUUGCUCACUGAAUCUAAAGACGUUCUUCAAGUCACAUGGCAGAAGAUUUUACCUGAUGUUGACAAGAAUGUGGCAACUUACAAUAAGUUUGGCCAAAGAGUGGAUCCUGAUUUUAAAAAUAAAGUCAAAUUUAAAGUCACUGAACUACAGAACAGCUCCAUGGUUAUCAGCAGUGUGACAGAGCAGGAUGAAGGUUGUUACCUGUGUCUGUUUAUCACCUACCCUGAAGGAGCGUUUAAAGGAAGAACCUGCCUCCAAGUCUGUGAGCUUCAUGAGCCCAUUCUUCAUGUCAGAGGAUCCAACUCUUCUGAAGAGUCCCUUGUUUCCUGCUCAGUCACAGCUCGACCUGCUCCCACAGUAACACUGACUGUCACACAGCAGCACCUCUACUUCUCCCACUACAGCACCGUCACUGUCACCAACGCCAACAACACACUCACUGUCACCAAGACAGCUGUGCUGUCUGGUCUCCAUGGCGACGGCACACAGGUUGGAUGUGCAGUGAGAGUCCCCUCUGGUCCUCAGAAAGAGGUGUUUAUGAAUAUUACUGAGGUUAAACCAAAGUCUGCUGAUGGGUUUGAUGAAGAAGAUGAAAACAGCAACAAGAGAAGGAGAUGGAUUUUGAUAGUGGUUGUUGGUUUGAUUGGUUUGAGUUUCUUCAUUGUCCUGUGUUUACGAUUCAAGAGGUUCUUCUUCUAUUCUUCUUUUCAUCAUGUUUUUUCACCUGUCACUAAGAAAAACCUUCAAUCUACUACUGAAGACACUAAAAACGAAGACACCAUAAACCGAGCACCUUCAAAAGAAGACACUAAUUUGUCUAAGGUACAAGAAGAACUCUGUACACCUUCAAUAACGCAGAAAGCUGAGGUCAGUAAGCGAACCCCUCCCCUAAAGAAAAGGAAGAAAGUGUAAGUUUGUUGGAUCUACAACUAAAAUAUUAAAUGGUGGUAAUGAAGAAGGACCUGGAACAGGAAAAUCUAGCAGCUGGGAGAGAAGACAGACGUUACUGUUAAUGGUAAAUCAGGCAGAGUUACACUAUGUCACAGCUUUGGACGCAGGAUUUCCUGCUUUCCUUUUCCUACUGUACGAACCUCAUCAUCAUGUGUCUAAGGUGCUGCUGUACCAUGAUUGUUACUGAUGUUGCUGUUUACUGUACUACUAACUGUUUACUAUUAUUUCAGGUUCAAACUUUAGAUUUUUGUAAUGAACAUUUUAUUACAAUCAACUUUGUGUUUGAAAAAGAAAACUGUGUGAAUGAGUUUCAGUUGGUUUCAUUCCUGUUCAUGACAGAAACACCUGUUUAGCUGUUUGAAUGUAGAGCUGAUGAUAACUGUCUACAUUUCAAAUAACACUAUCUACUGUAACUGCAAUUUAAAGUGUUGCUAUUUUUAUGCUUUUUAAAACCUUGAAUGGAACUGAAAAUUACAAUAAAAUAUUUACAACCAA